UGUACGUGUGAACGCAACGACAGUUCACAUUUUCUGUCUUUUAAAAUUAUAUUUUUUCGCAUUUUAGUAUCAUUUUAAAGCAUAUUUAUACAACUUAUCGACAGAAGAUAUUCCAUAGAACCAAAAUGUUACGAAUUUUGGCAAGCAGUUUACAAAGGGAAGGCUCAAGGAGCCUGACUUUGUCAGGUCUUUCGAGAGCUUGUUCAUCCACCCACAGGAAUUUAUGCAGCGUAGCCGAACAAGAAGAUCCCAACUUCUUUGAGAUGGUAGAGGCGUACUUUGAUCGUGGAGCUGCUCUCGUUGAAGACACCCUUGUAGAUUCCAUGAAGGGGCCGUCCUCCGAUGCUGAGAAAAGACUCAAGGUUCAGGGAAUUCUCAAGCUGAUGAAGCCUUGUAAUCAUCUACUUAGCAUGAACUUUCCACUCAGACGCGACGACGGUAGCUUUGAAAUGAUUGAAGCAUACAGAGCACAACACAGCCAGCAUCGAACACCUUGCAAAGGAGGUAUCCGUUACAGUCUCGAUGUUAACGCUGACGAAGUCAAAGCUUUAGCCUCUCUAAUGACCUACAAGUGUGCCGUCGUAGAUGUCCCCUUCGGUGGCGCUAAAGGAGGCAUCAAGGUCGACCCUAAGCAAUAUUCAGAGCGAGAGCUGGAGAAGAUCACCAGAAGGUUCUGCAUCGAGCUCGCCAAGAAGGGAUUUAUAGGGCCUGGCAUUGACGUCCCUGCCCCUGAUAUGGGCUCCGGUGAACGGGAGAUGAGCUGGAUGGCAGACACGUACGCAAUGACCAUCGGCUAUCAGGAUAUCAACGCACACGCCUGCAUCACAGGCAAGCCGAUCACACAGGGCGGCAUCCACGGCCGUGUGUCGGCCACAGGCCGAGGCAUCUACCAUGGUAUCGAGAAUUUCGUCAACGAGGCUUCCUACAUGAGCACUGUAGGACUGACACCCGGCUUUGGCGAUAAGACGUUCAUUGUUCAGGGUUUCGGUAAUGUGGGUCUACACACAACACGUUAUCUCCACCGAUAUGGCGCUCGUUGCAUUGGUGUGAUAGAGAUCGAUGGAAGUAUCUACAAUUCCAAUGGAAUCGACCCUAAAGAGCUUGAAGAAUAUAAACUGAAAAACGGAACCAUCGUUGGAUUCCCUGAUGCCACACCCUAUGAGGGUGAUCUGAUGGUAGAGCAAUGCGACAUUCUGGUACCUUGCGCUGGAGAGAAACAAAUCACCAGUAAAAACGCCCCUCACAUCAAAGCCAGAAUUAUCGCUGAGGGAGCUAAUGGUCCUACAACGCCAGCAGCUGAUAAGAUCCUACAAGAAAGAAAUAUCAUGGUUAUACCUGAUAUGUACAUCAACGCUGGUGGUGUAACUGUAUCCUUCUUCGAAUGGCUCAAGAACUUGAAUCAUGUCAGCUAUGGCCGCCUUACUUUCAAAUACGAGAGAGAUUCAAACCAGUUCCUGCUUGAGAGUGUACAGGAAAGUCUUGAGAGGAAAUUCGGCAAACACGGAGGCCGCAUCCCCAUCCUACCAUCAGAGAAGUUUGCAGACCGCAUCUCUGGUGCAAGUGAAAAGGACAUCGUUCACAGCGGGCUCGCAUACACAAUGGAGCGCUCAGCUAGGCAAAUCAUGAAAACCGCCAUGAAGUAUAAUCUAGGUCUGGACCUGCGAACGGCUGCCUACGUCAACUCCAUCGAGAAAAUAUACAAGACCUACAGCGACGCUGGGCUUACCUUCACAUAAAAUUGGUGCAACGGGAACGCAGACAAAACCAAAAUAGGGAAAUUAUCAGUUAAAUUAUUCACGGAAUUAAAGUGUAUUGGGUCAAGCAAUUAGAACCCAUCUCUCAAAUAAACCAGAGGUAGUUGUUAAAAUCAAAAUUAAAUCACUCUUUUUCAUGAACACAUGAUUGAUACAAACAUUUCAGUCAAAAACAUCUAGUCUUUGACAAUAGGUUUUUGUUACUCAAAAGGUUUCAUUCAACUUUUUUUUUAAACCAAAAGUUAUCCCACAUAUAUAGCCAAAGAUACCAGUAUCAACUUAAAACCUCAUCCAUGAUAUUUUGAAAUAUAUUGAUUUACACAAGAAUAGACUCAUAUGUUGUCCCAUCUCGGCCUAUUUAUAGAUUAAGUUAUGAGGAUUUGUUAUUGUAGAAUAGGUUUGAUAUAUUUCAGAAUACUCCAUUGCCGCCCCCGCCCGCCGCUGGUGGUCCACCCCGCCCAGAAUGCUCCGCUGAACCAGGGCGCGUCCGAUAAAUAGACUCAUAUAUUGUCCCAUCUCGGCCUAUUUAUAGAUUAAGGAUUUGUUAUUUUAGAAUAGGUUUGAUAUAUUUCAGAAUACUCCAUUGAUAAUAUAUACCACCAUACCAAUAACAUUACUAGUGUGGGUAAUGUAUUGAAAGCUUAUUGUAUCGUUGGGUUUGGGUAUAAAUUUCAUUGAAUUAUUUUAAAAGCUUGCAGACUCUAUUGCUUUCCCCCUGGCUGAUGUAUUUUUACUUUGCAUGAGGGCCGAUAUCACACAAUUUUCCCAUGAGCCCCAGAAUCACCUAAUUUUCAUGAGGGCAAUAUAAUAUUACAGAAUGUUCACUUGAGGUCCAAUAUCAUAGAAAUUAUAACAUGAGGGUCGACAUUUCAAACUUUUCACAAGAAGCCAAUUUGCACAAAUAUUUCAUGAGGGCCAAUAUAACACUGUUUUCACUUAAGGGUCUACUAUCCGAGAUACUACAUGAGGGCCAAUAUCACAAAAUGUUCACAUGAAGCCUUAAUAUCAGAGAUAUUACUUGAGGGCCAAUAUCACUGAGUUCGCAUGAUGAGGGCCAAUAUCACAGCCAUUACAUGAGGGCCAAUAUCACCAGGUUCGCAUGAGGGCUAGUAUCACAAAAUUUGGAUAAGGGCCAAUAUCACUUAUUGGAAGAAAUGAUUAAAAAUGCUGGCAUCCAUCCCCUUGUGCAUUUUAUUAGUAUUUAAUGCAGUGACUCAAAUCACACUCAAUGUUCAACAGAUACAGAUUUCAAUUCUUUCAAAAGUACAAAUACAGCACAUCCAGGAAAUUAAUAUUGUUUUAAAAUCAUUGGUUAAUUCUUCUUUCGUCUUGAUUGUGAUAUUUUUUAGAUUUCCUUGAAAAACUUUAUUUGGAAAGUUAAAAGAAGUGUAGAGAUGGUGCUUUUGUCUGUCACUUGG